AUGGAAGAGUUCGAUCUCCAGUUAUGCUUAGAUGGAAGCUCUUCCACGUUCAAUCUAGAGAAGGUAGUCUGCAACCAUGGAUUCUUCAUGAUGGCUCCAAAUCAGUGGAUUCCUUCCACCAAGACGUUGCGGCGGCCUCUCCGUCUUGCGGAUCUGUCAUCCUCCGUUGAGGAACAAGUGACUCGGAUGUUAAGGUUGUUGGAAAGGGACGAGCACAACGUGAAUGAGUUCCAUAAAGUGCAUCCGGAAGCGAAGGAUAAAGGAUUCGGUAGAGUUUUUCGUUCUCCUUCGCUCUUCGAAGAUGUGGUCAAAUCUAUACUCCUUUGCAACUGCCAGUGGAAAAGGACCCUAGAGAUGGCCCAAGCUUUAUGUGCACUUCAGCUGGAGUUAAGCACUCGAGGCUCUAAGGGAAAGAAACGAAGACGUGAGAAGGAUGGAGCACUACCGAUUCCUGCAGAGACUGAAGGCAAAGAAGUUGACCUUGGGAACUUUCCGAGCCCCAAGGAACUCGCUAAUCUCGAGGCGGACUACUUACAGACCGAGUGCAAUCUUGGGUACCGGAGCAAAUACAUUGUCAAGCUUGCCAGGGAAAUAGAGGAGGGGAAGCGCAAGAUUGACGAAUACGAGGGAGUGCAGGACGCUGCAUCAUGCAGGAUAUUGAUCCAACGCAUAAGUGGGGUCGGACCUUUCGUGCGGGCUAGCAUUUUGAUGUGCCUCGGCUUUUAUGAUGAGGUUCCGUGGGAUAGCGAAACAAUCAAAUUGUUAAAGCAUGUACACGCAAGGGAAAGAUGCACCAAAAAGACUAUUAAGAGGGACCUAAAGGAGAUCUAUGAUAAAUAUGCACCCUUCCAAUGUUUGGCUUAUUGGUUGGACCUGUUGGAGUUUUACGAGAGGAAGUUUGGGAAGCUGAGCGAAUUGUCGCACACCAUGUAUCACACAGUAGCCAGCAGUACGCAAAUAAGAGAAUCCAACCACCCACCCGCAAUCUAA